AUGGCCAGUUCUUCUUCUUCUUCAGGAUCUAACUCCACAAAGAACGACUCCACUUCCUCCAUCAAUGACUCUUCUAACACCAACAAUGCACCACCACCUAGCCCUGAAAUGGAGGGGAGUGUAAAAGACAAAAAGGAGGACUAUGAGGAGCUUCGGUUGAAGGCCAAGGAGGUUGUUGAAGAUGAGGCCUAUGACGCGUUUAUAAGGGCCUCUUCUAGGUGUAGGAGAAGGCGUAGAGCUUUCCAGGAGGGCUCUAACUCAAGCAACUUUUCUUCAAGUGAGUUUGAUUUUGAUUCUAAGGAGUUAGAGUCUUCUAAUGACUCCAGCUUUAGAGAUGGUGAAGCGAGGAGGAGGAAGAAGAGGAAGAGGAAGAGAAGGAGGAGGAGGAGGACAUGGCUCUAG